UUCCUUGCCCUACUGUCAGUGCGUGCCCGUGCCCGGGGAGAGGGGCUGUGGGAAAGGAAUUAAAAGGUCAGGGGAUCUCUGCCCGGGGUCUCUCCGUAGGGCCCCUGAGGGACACGCACAGUUAGGGGGGCCCAGCUCCCGCCACUGGGCCGGGUUGCACACUGGGCGCGCCCAGCAGAGCGCGCAGGGCUGGGCGGGGCCGUGGCCGGCUGGGCGGAGUGGGGCUGGAUAGAGGAGGGGGCGCCCCCCACCCCCUUUCUCGCUUCCCGCCACUGCAGCGGCCAAUCACCAGGCAGGCGCCCGCCCCUGGCGCGGCCUCCCGCGGCCCCGCAACUCCCAAACGCCGAGUUUUCGCGGGAAAAAAAAUCAGAGCGGCUGGCAACGCGGCGGGCAGGGGUGGCCGUCCAGGCGCUCCGGGUUACAGGCGGGUCGGCGCGGGGUCCGGGGCCACAUACGCGUCUCCAUCGCCAUCCUCAGCCGGGCCAGGCGCGCAAGCAGGAGAGCGGAGCGGGGCGCCCGGAGAGGUGAGGCUUCGGGCGGAUCGGGGUGCUAUCCCGGGCCGGGGGCAAGGGCCCGGUGCACCGGGCGCGGAGACUUUGGAAAACUUUCCCGAGCGGCCCGGGGACGCGCGGCGAGCGCGGGCGCACGCAUGCCCCGCGGCGUGGCUGUUCCGCACGCCGUCUCGGGCUCUGCCCCGGCCCCGCCGGCCCUCGGGAACCGUCCUUAGCAGCCCGGGCGCCGGCCGGGGAGAGGGGAACAUCCCCAGAGCCCCGCGGGGGUCGCGCCCGCUGGGUGGGGGAGGGCCUGGUGAGCCGCAGGGGAGGAUGUCAGGCUCCGCGCCUGCGCGCGGGGCGCCCCGCGAUUCAAUUGUCGCGCCCGAGCCCGAUUUCGCGCGCCCUUAGUUCCCCGGGCGCGCCUGGGCCAAUGGGGAGCGAGCGGGGCGGGGCAGCCGGGCGCGGCGGAGCCAAUAAGAGAGGCGGCUCAAGUGAAGGGGGGCGGGACUUGGCGCGCGGGGCCCCUCGGCCGGUCCCGGCGGUGGGGGUGGGCGUGGGCUAGUUGGCGUGGCCCGAGCGGACGGGCGGGAGAAUAAGAGGGGCCCGGAGUCCGUGGGUCGCGGUGCCGGGGACGCGAGACUGCCCGCGAGGCCGCGGUGGGGCCGAGCACCAGCAGACACCAUGUGGAUCCAGGUUCGCACCAUGGACGGCAAGGUGGCCCACACCGUGGACUCGCUGUCCAGGCUGACCAAGGUGGAGGAGCUGAGGAGGAAGAUCCGGGAGCUGUUCCACGUGGAGCCCGGCCUGCAGAGGCUUUUCUACAGGGGCAAGCAGAUGGAAGACGGCCACACCCUCUUUGACUAUGACGUCCGCCUGAACGACACCAUCCAGCUCCUGGUCCGCCAGAGCCUGGUGCUGCCCCCCAGCGGCAGCAAGGAGAAGGACUCCGAGCUGUCAGACACGGACUCGGGCUGCUGCCUGGGCCAGAGCGAGUCAGACAAGUCCUCCAACAGUGGUGAGGCGGCCUCGGAGGCGGACGGGAAGGCGGGCUUAGCGGAUGAAGACGUGUGGGAUGAGACGGAGUUGGGCCUGUACAAGGUCAAUGAGUACGUGGACGCCCGGGACACCAACAUGGGGGCGUGGUUCGAGGCGCAGGUCGUCCGGGUGACCAGGAAGGCGCCUUCUCAGGACGAGCCCUGCAGCUCCACGUCCAGCGCGGCGCUGGAAGAAGAUGUCAUUUAUCACGUCAAAUACGAUGACUACCCGGAGAACGGUGUGGUCCGCAUGAGCUCCCGUGACGUCCGGGCCCGCGCCCGAACCAUCCUCAAGUGGCAUGAGCUAGAGGUCGGCCAGGUGGUCAUGCUCAACUACAACCCCGACAAUCCCAAGGAGCGUGGCUUCUGGUACGACGCGGAGAUCCUGCGCAAGCGCGAGACGCGGACGGCGCGGGAGCUGUACGCCAACGUCAGGCUCGGGGACGAUUCCAUCAAUGACUGUCGGAUCAUCUUCGUGGACGAGGUGUUCAAGAUCGAGCGCCCGGGCGAGGGGAGCCCCGUGGUGGAAAACCCGAUGAGAAGGAAGAGCGGGCCCUCCUGCAGGCACUGCAGGGACGACGAGAGCAAGGCCUGCCGCGUGUGCGCCUGCCACCUGUGCGGGGGCAAGCAGGACCCCGACAAGCAGCUCUUGUGCGACGAGUGCGACAUGGCCUUCCACACCUACUGCCUGCGGCCGCCCCUCAGCAGCGUCCCCAAAGAGGACGAGUGGUACUGCCCUGAGUGUCGCAACGACGCCAGCGAGGUGGUGCUGGCGGGGGAGAAGCUGAAAGAGAGCAAGAAGAAGGCGAAGAUGGCGUCGGCCACGUCCUCCUCACAGCGGGACUGGGGCAAGGGCAUGGCAUGCGUGGGCCGCACCAAGGAGUGCACCAUCGUCCCGUCCAACCACUACGGCCCCAUCCCGGGCAUCCCCGUGGGCACCAUGUGGAGGUUCCGAGUCCAGGUCAGUGAGUCGGGGGUCCACCGGCCUCACGUGGCGGGCAUCCACGGCCGGAGCAACGACGGGGCUUACUCGCUGGUCCUGGCGGGCGGAUACGAGGACGACGUGGACCACGGGAAUUCUUUCACGUACACGGGCAGUGGUGGUCGAGAUCUUUCCGGCAACAAGCGGACCGCAGAACAGUCUUGUGACCAGAAGCUCACAAACACGAACAGGGCGCUGGCCCUGAACUGCAGCGCCCCCAUCAACGACCGCAAAGGGGCCGAGGCCAAGGACUGGCGGUCGGGGAAGCCUGUGCGGGUCGUGCGGAACGUUAAGGGCCGGAAGCACAGCAAAUACGCCCCCGCCGAGGGCAACCGGUACGACGGCAUCUACAAGGUUGUGAGGUACUGGCCAGAGAAGGGGAAGUCCGGCUUCCUGGUGUGGCGCUACCUGCUGCGGAGGGAUGACGCCGAGCCCGGGCCCUGGACGAAGGAGGGCAAGGACCGCAUCAAGAAGCUGGGGCUGACCAUGCAGUACCCGGAAGGCUACCUGGAGGCGCGGGCCAGGAGGGAGAAGGAGAAGGAGAACAGCAAGCGGGAGGCCGAGGCCGAGCACGGUGCUGACGAGGACGGGGACCUCACACCCCCCAGGAAGGGCAAGGGCAAGCGCAAGUGCAAGUCCGGAGGCGGGAAGACGGGGGCUGGGUCCCCGCGAGGGACCCCUAAGAAAAGCAAGGUGGAGCCCUACAGCCUCACGGCCCAGCAGAGCAGCCUCAUCAAGGAGGACGAGAGCAACGCUAAGCUGUGGAGCGAGAUCCUGAAGUCGCUCAAAGACGGCCCGUUUCAGAAGUUUCUUAGCAAAGUGGAGGAGACGUUCCAGUGCAUUUGCUGCCAGGAGCUGGUGUUUCGUCCCAUCACGACCGUGUGCCAGCAUAACGUGUGCAAGGACUGCCUGGACAGGUCCUUCAGGGCGCAGGUGUUCAGCUGCCCGGCCUGCCGCUAUGACCUUGGCCGCAGCUACGCCAUGCAGGUGAACCAGCCGCUGCAGGCCGUCCUCAACCAGCUCUUCCCCGGCUACGGCAGCGGCCGGUGAUGCUCCGACGCUUCUCGCCAGUAGUUUUUUUUUCAAAGAAACGUGUCCCAGGGGUCUUUGUCCCCUCUGUUUUUAGUGGGCUUAACUUAAACAGGUAGUUUUUCCUCCACUCCCUAAAAAGCCUUGUCUUCCCGGUUUUAUUUUUUUUUAACCUAUGUGUUUUCCGGAGUUUGUAUUACGGCUCGAAGAAAGAAGGAAAGAAAGUUGGACUUCUCAGUGUUGUAUUUUGGUUUUAAAAAAAUACAAAGCCUGCAGUUUAUCAGCAAAAAAACAAACAAAAAAAGUUUUUCUUUCCGAAGAUGGAAUUCAAAACGCCUUGGCGUGAAGGCUGCUUGUGUUCCCGGCGCCAGGUUCCCAGAAGUUCCCGCCGCCGCCGAGCAAGAAGGCGCCCAGGCGCCCAGAACAAUCUUUUUCAAGGUGCCUGAGUUUGGCCUCCGACGUUGAAAGCGAGUGCAUCUCCCUGACCGCGGUGCCUGCUGGUGGCCCGGGUGUGGCCGGCCCUGCCGUCACCCACGGGGAAGGUGGCGAGAAGACGAAAAGUCCCCUCCGGCCCCAAAGCCACCCCCUAAGUUCGCUUUCUCACGGCAGCCCCGCGCGCUGAGCUUCCUCUCCCGGGGGUAAGCGGGCAGAAGCCGCUCGAAGCCGCCGCCUCUGGACCCUUCUGCGCAAGGCUGGGCGAGCGGCCGAGUGCGGCGUUUCGCGUGGCGCACCGCGGAAGCGAACGUUCGAAGCCAUGUUCAAGUGCCUUUGGGUCUUGUCUUUUGUUGUAAACGUGGGCCCCCCUCGUAGCACUGACUUGUUGAGAAUAUGCCACCAGGUCCUGAAACUGUGGUUACCCUGCUCUUCCCGACACCGGCCGAGUGUGCGGGGCCAGUUUCACCCUUGUCCAUCCUUCCCGCUGAAUUUUCAACUCCCCGAUUGAGAAUUCUAAGAGGGAAUUUUUUUUAAGUACUUUUUUCUGAAUGAAAUUUUUUUUGUAGUUAUUGUAUAUGUACCAAGAAAGCUAUAACUUAGGAUUUGGUUGUGUUUCAUGGUUUUGUUUUUUUUUUUUUCUUUUUUGUAUUUUUUUGGGGAAUGAUUUGUUAAUUUUUCUAACUUUACCAAAGUUUGCAGCUUUUACCUCAAUAGAACAGGAAUAUUUUAAAUCCCAUAUCUGCAGACAAACUGGAGUGGUAUUGUUUUAAAAAGUCUUUCUUUUUUCCUUUUAUUAGGUUGUUACUGUAUUAGGAAGAAACAACAAAAUCCUGUGUAGGCUUUUUCUAAGCAGUUCAAUAUUCUUUGUCCAAAUUUUAGGUUCUCGGAAUAAAUGCCUUUUACAGAU